UUCAUUACAUGUACCAGCGUUAGAUGAUCGGCGCCCUCACGGCCGGAUCGCUGUGACGAACGGGGGCAGGAAGUCCUGCUUCCAACUUGUGCAGGUGUAGCUACGUGUGGCAGCCUCAAUUAAGCUAGCUAGCCUUUGCCGGCAGCUACAGUUCUUCCGAUAGGCCAUGCAGAGGUGAUCACGAUCGAUGGACAUGGAGAUGAGCAGUGGCGGCGUCGCCGGAGCCGUGCCGCCGAAGCUGCAGGAGGAGGAUCCAGCGGCGGCGGCGGCGGUGGCGGAGCCAUGGCCGCCGGCAAGGCGCUGCCGGGUGAUGCUCGUCGCCGGCGUGAUGGCGCUGCUUCUCCUCGCGUUCUUCGUCCUCGGCCAGGAGAGCGCGUCGACGGUCUGGGAGAUCGCGAGUGCCAAGCUCACCGCCAUGAACAAUGGAAGAGGAGGGUUUAUGGACGACGCUUCUCGUCAUGGUCAUGGCGCCGCCGGCAAUGCGACGGAGGGGAAAGCCGACGAGCUCCUCGGCGGGCUGCUGGCGCCCGGGAUGGACAGGCGGUCGUGCCGGAGCCGGUACGAGUCGUGGCGGUACUUCAAGCACUUCCCCUACGCGCCGUCGCGUCACCUCCUCCGCGCGCUGCGCGCCUACGAGGCCCGCCACCGGCGGUGCGCCCCCGGCACGCCGCUCUACGCCGAGGCCGUCGAGAUGCUCCGCUCCGGUCGCAGAGGCAGCGCCGCCGCGGAGUGCCGCUACGUCGUGUGGCUCCCCUUCGACGGCCUCGGAAACCGCAUGCUGUCCAUGGCCAGCGGCUUCCUAUACGCGCUCCUCACCGGCCGCGUCUUCCUCGUCGCGCUGCCGCCGGACUCCGCCGACCUCUUCUGCGAGCCGUUCCCGGGCACGACGUGGCUGCUCCCGCACCAGGACUUCCCCGUCGCCAACCUCUUCGGGCUCGGCGUCAGCCCCGAGGCGUCGUACACGACCCUCCUCAACAACAAGAAGAUCGCCGCCGUCGUGGACGACGACGACGAUACGGCCGCGAGCAACGCGACGGCGGCGCCGGCGUACGUGUACUUGAGCCUGGGGUGGCAGCUGACGGACAGGCUCUUCUUCUGCGGCGAGCACCAGCGCGCCAUCGGGAAGGUGAGCUGGCUGCUGCUGUACAGCGACCUCUACUUCGCGCCGUCGCUGUACGCGGUCACCGUCGAGUUCCGGGACGAGCUCCGGCGGCUGUUCCCGGAGAAGGAGGCCGCGUCCCACCUCCUUCUCCGGUACCUUCUCCACCCGAGCAACCCGGUGUGGGGCCUCGUCACCAGGUACUACCACUCCUACCUCGCGCCGGCGACAAGGAGGAUCGGCGUGCAGAUCAGGAUGUUCGGCUUCGGCUCCAUCCCCGUCGACGACAUGUACAACCAGAUCCUCGCGUGCUCCCGGCAGGAGCGUAUACUUCCGGAAACCGACGAUGGCGACGGCGACGCCGCCGCGGCGGUGGCUGAUACCGACACCGGCGGCAAGACAACGGCGAUCCUGAUCGCGUCGCUGUACGCGGACUACUACGAGCGGCUUCGGGCGAGGUACUACGAGCAUGCGGCGGCGUCCGGCAAGAGCGGCGGCGUGUGGGUGGGCGUGUUCCAGCCGACGCACGAGGAGCGGCAGGCGACGGAGAGCCUGGCGCACAACCAGAGGGCGCUGGCGGAGGUGUACCUGCUGAGCUUCUCGGAGGAGCUGCUCACCUCCGGGAUGUCCACGUUCGGGUACGUGAGCAGCAGCCUCGCCGGCGUGCGGCCGACGAUCCUGCUCACCGCGCACGGACACAAGGUCCCCAAGCCGCCGUGCCGGCGGGCCGCGUCCAUGGAGCCGUGCAACCUGACGCCGCCCCGGGGCGUCGAGUGCCGGGCCAGGCCCGUGGACGGGGACGGGGAGGAGGAUGACCUGGCACGCCACGUCAGGACCUGCGAGGAUGAUGGCGAUGGGGUUAAGUUCUUUGACUAGGUUGUUUGAUCCAUGGACUAAUUUUUAAUCUGGGUCGGAUGUUUGAUACUAAUUAGAAAGACUAAACGUGAGCUAAUUAUAAAACCAAUUGUAUAAGUCGUGACUAAUUCGGAAGAUGAAUCUAUUAAACCUAAUUAAUUCAUUAUUAGCACAUAUUUGUUGUAGUAGCACAACAUGAGCUAAUUAGGAUCAAUAGGUUUGUCUCGCGAAUUAGUCACGACUUAUGCAACUAGUUUUACAAUUAACUCAUAUUUGCAUGUCCUAAAUAGCAUCAAAAUAUUGGACUAAACUUUAGCCGUGGAGCUCCAAA